CCAUGGUUAUAAAGUCCGGCUAUCUCAGCUCAGUUGCCUUUUCGCUUCUCUUUCCCUUAUCUCCAUGCUUUUCUAUUUCGCGCAGUCGUAAUCGUCAUAAACGCGGCCUUAAGCCAAGCACAGGUAAAUUCCUUUAUAACACUGCUUCUGCUGCUUUACACACGCUCACACCCGUGUUUUAGCUGUGAAUAACCGUAGUGGCCUUUUUCAAAGGUCCACCAACUUUUUGUAUGUGUCGGUAGUGUUUCUGGGCACGUUUGCAGGUUCGACUCCUGGCUUGACACAAAGGUGGGCGCUACGUCGAGGUCUAUUGUUCAUUUUGGGAGACCAUUAGUCGCAUCGGCCCCGCG